CUUUGAAUGGUUGCAACAGAGAGAGCAAAAGAAUGCGCCGCUAUGUGAAGCAUUCGUGUUCGAACCGCUAUUUUGAUACAUGGGUGUGUCUGCGGCCUCAAUACUCAAUCGCCUUCUUUCCCAUAAGAACCUCAGCGCCAGAACCCAACCCACCGGCGCCAAAGCCGUUGCCACCACAAUCCUCAAAUACCUGGAAGAGGGUCGCCUCCGAAAAGCUGUCUCGGUUCUGUUCGAUUCCCCAUUCCCCUUUCCUCAUCCUUUGUAUGCUCGCCUUUUCCAAAUUUGUUCUUCCACUCGCGCUCUUGUUGAAGCUCGAAAGGUUGAAUCUCAUUUGGUUACGUUUUGCCCCACGCCGCCGAUUUUUUUGUUGAAUCGGGCAAUUGAGGCGUAUGGUAAAUGUGGGUGUUUGGUGGAUGCGAGGGAGCUGUUCGAGGAAAUGCCUCAGAGAGAUGGGGGAUCUUGGAAUGCGAUGAUAACGGCGUAUACGAAGAAUGGGUUUGCUUUGGAAGCUUUGAAUUUAUUUCUGAAUAUGAACAAAUCCGGUGUUUAUGCUACUGAAAUAACUUUAGCUAGUGUCCUUGGGUCUUGCGGUUCUGUUUUGGCUCUUCACCUUUCGAGGCAAGUUCACGGGCAUAUUGUGAAAUCUGGCUUUGUUGGCAAUGUGAUUCUUGAGAGCUCGCUUGUUGAUGUCUAUGGAAAGUGUAGGCUUAUGAAUGAUGCACGUAGCAUGUUUGAUGAAAUCCAGAAUCGAAAUGAUGUUUCCUGGAAUGUUAUUGUUAGGCGCUAUCUUGAGGUGGACGAUGGUAAAUUGGCAGUGUCAAUGUUUUUCCAAAUGUUCCGAGAGGCAGUGAUGCCAUUGAGUUUUACUUUUUCCAAUGCGCUGAUUGCUUGUUCAAGUAUGGCAGCACUUAUAGAAGGUAGGCAAAUUCAUGGUAUUGUAGUGAAAGUAGGUUUGGAAGGGGAUGAAGUUAUUUCGAGCUCUUUAAUUGACAUGUAUGUGAAAUGUGGAACAUUAGAAAAUGCUCACCAAGUAUUUAUCCAACCUAGUUCCAGAAAUCUUAUUUCUUGGACUUCCAUGGUAUAUGGAUAUGCAAUGUCUGGGGAAGUUCUAAAAGCUAGGGAGCUUUUCAAUGAAAUGCCCGAACGCAAUGUGAUUUCAUGGAAUGCUAUGUUGGCAGGGUAUAUUCAUUCCGGUCAAUGGGAAGAGGCACUAGACUUCGUCCACUUGAUGCACAAUUCGAUUAAGGAUGUCGAUCACGUUACUCUUCGCCUGAUAUUGAAUGUGUGUACUGGCCUUUUAGAUGUUGAAAGAGGAAAGCAAGUUCAUGGUUUUAUCUAUAGAAUUGGUUUCUAUGCUAAUCUCUAUAUUGGUAAUGCUCUCCUUGACAUGUAUGGUAAAUGUGGGAACUUGAAAAGUGCCCGAGUUUGGUUCUACCAAAUGAGUCAAUGGCGGGAUGAAGUCUCCUGGAAUGCUCUACUCACUACCUAUGCUCGUCACGGCAUGAGUGAACAGGCUAUGACAAUUUUCUCAGAGAUGCAAUGGGAAGCAGCUCCUAGUAAAUUUACCUUUGCAACCCUUUUAGCAGCCUGUGCAAACACCUUUGCAUUAGAUCAAGGCAAACAAAUCCAUGGCUUCAUGGUUAGAAAUAAUUAUGAGAUAGACAUUGCAGUUAGUGGAGCUUUAGUUGAUAUGUACUGCAAAUGCCGACAACUUGAGUACGCUCUCAAAGUUUUUGAAAAUGCAGCUUCGCGCGAUGUGGUUCUGUGGAACUCCAUAAUUUUAGGAUGUUGUCACAAUAGAAGGGGUAUGAUAGUAAUCGAAUUGUUUCAAAUGAUGAUGAUGGAGAAAGGCAUUAACCCGGACCAUGUGACCUUCCAAGGUAUUUUGCUUGCUUGUGUCUAUGAAAAUCUCGUUGAGUUAGGUAGGCAGUAUUUCGAUUCAAUGAGUGACAAGUUCUGUAUCAUACCUCGAUUAGAGCACUAUGAAUGCAUGAUCGAGCUCUAUGGCCGACAUGGAAACAUGGAUGAGCUCGAAAAAUUUAUCAUUAAUAUGCCCUUUGAUCCUACUGUUCCAAUGCUAGAAAAAGUCCUUGAUGCAUGUAGAAAACACGGACACUCGAGGUUGGGAGAAUGGGUAGCUAUUAGACUAAAUGAGCAGAAUCUUUACAAGUGAAUUCAUGAAAGCAACAAAAUCUAUCCCAUCAACUCAAGCAUUCAUGGUUUGAAACCAUUGUGGAAAGUUGUCUCUCAUUCAUUGUAGAAUCCAAAAUUUUUGGCUAUGCUCAACAGCGUCAGCAAUCAAAGAGAAAUUUAGAUCCAAGAUCUAAAUGAGAAGAUACCAAGAUGUUUAUUGCUCAUUACAGGAUCGAGUGUUGGCUCCAGCCUAUUGAAAAGCAAUGCAUGUUCAAGAGCUCUGUGAGAAGAAUCCAGGAUCUCAAUCUACCCAACAUGUUGACUGUCACAAUCCCCAUCAAGUAUGUGAUACACCCACUAAACUUUCGAUGCUUAUUUAAAUAGGAAAUUUGUAAACCUAGUCCAUCGAGAUAUCGUUAUGAGUUCGAAGCAUGCUUAAAGAAAGAUAGGCCGUAUUCUAUAAUUUGAACAAACAAGAACAAGAAACUCUGGUGAUACUUUGCGUUUCUGCUUGAAGGGUCAGCUGUUUUAGUUGCCUUGACUGAUAUGUAGCAGACACAAGUUGAUUCUUUAUUCUUUAACAUAAAUAUCUUCAAAUGCCUAAAUUAAACGAUCUGAUCGAAAGUGAGAUGAGAACAGAACAUGACAGACAAUUUGCUGACUGAGAAGUCACUUUAAUGUUAAUACCUUGUACUUUAUUUUGGCUCUUGGCUUACUCUUGUUGGUGAGGGAUAGGAUAAAUUACUAGAAUUUAUGGAACUGAUAUUGUAUGUCAAAGAUCAUAUUGUAUUCAGAAAAUCUUAUUGAGGUGCAUCAAUAUCCCUUUUCCAUUCA